CUUCGCUUUGCUGGCACAUCCCAUUUCGCCUAGGCCAGCUCACUUUAACUCUUUCCUAGACCUUCACACGACGUGUUCACCACGAUUCGAUCAUUCGAAGCACGCUGGCGGGUACCGCGGUUGCGACAUAGAUCACAAAAGAUCACGAGGUUGCUUGAUCUAGAACGGCCGGGGCGCGGGGAAAAAAAAGUGCCUAGGACUGAGGUCUGAUUCGGAUUCCGAGCGACGAAGCACUCCGAAAAUUCGUUCCCGACAUUCCACAACGUUCAACGAUCCUUUAGAACCGCCGGCUUGGGUCAGGCAGAUAUCUGCAUCCUCUUCUCUACGUUCGCUUCAUUGCCAUAUCUGAGACGAGCCGCUUCAUUCAUUGCGGCGCCGUCGCCCUUCUGUCGUCGUUCCUUUCCAGACUCAUCGGCCGACGCGAACCGGCAUUGAGUGGUACUCUCGUCUUCUCUUCCCACGUCUGCAGCAUCGACCCGAGCAUCUUGUUUCGCGCUCCGCCGGACCCUCCUUGCUUUGCAGUCCCGCGUGUGACAAAUCCGUUGGAUUCCUCGAGUUCGUUCCAAGCGAGUCCCGAACGUUCCUGCAUCGGACGACUGCCUAUCUUAUGCUGGAAACCGGAACGUCCCGCGCCUGCUGAAUUGCCACUGCGCAACAUACAGCCAGCCGACUGGCAUCGGAACCUUCUCGCCUCGCGCACUUAUGCCCAGCUACGGAUCUGUCCACUCGCCAUCGCUCAGGAAAAUGGAAUAUUCUAGGCCACAGUAUGGCCGCAAGCGUAUGAGCAUGGGGAACGUUAUUGGUGACCCCUUUGCGCUUGCGACCCUUUCGAUUGCGACGCUUGCAUGGGUCAUCUCGUUCGUCGGGACCGUUGUGGCUCACGUCCAGCUGCCCGGCGAUUUCCCCACAUAUUCGUACUGGACGUUGGUCUUCUUCCUUCUGGCAAUUAUCGGCAUCUUCGUGGUGGUCGCAUCCGAUAGCACACAAACCUACCAUGUCGCGAUCGUCGGUUAUCUCGGUUGCGGCUUGGUGCUCGCUACAUCCUCGGUGAGCGCCAUGAUUCAUAACAGUAACGGCGCCCUGGAAGCGGCUUCUGCGGGCUAUAUCCUGCUAACCAUGGUGACCAUUGUCUGGAUAUUUUACUUCGGAUCUGCUCCCUCAGCUGUUCCUCGCGCAUACAUCGAUUCGUUCGCCCUCGCCAAGGAGUCGACGUCGACGAACCGCCACACCAUGACUGGGUACGGCAACCGCAGGCCGGAGACGUCAACAUCUGUGCAGCCGCCGCAGAUGUACACUUCCCAGCUUAAUGGACUCGAGAACCCGUCGCCCGUGGGCGGCAUGGCGUCUACCAUGAGGAACUCGACCACUCCUGGAGCAUUCACAGCGCCGGGCGCUCAGAAAUCCGCGGCCCAGCAGUCCGUGAACCCGGAUGCGGAAAUCGUGCCUCCCACUGAAUACCCGUAUCGCGCCAAGGCCAUUUACAGCUACGAGGCGAACCCUGAAGACGCCAACGAGAUUUCCUUCUCGAAACACGAAAUUCUCGAGGUCAGCGACGUCAGCGGCAGGUGGUGGCAAGCGAGGAAGGAGAACGGCGAGACAGGCAUUGCGCCCAGCAACUACCUCAUCCUGUUAUAGUCCGGGGUGGUCCAAGCAGGUUGUUGCAGGAGCGGGAGUUCGGCGGCAAUUGCAACUGAGGGCAAUAACGUCGCCACAUCAAAAGCAUGAUACCACGGGGAUGGGUUCUUUAUUUUCUUGUUUUAUCUUUCUUUUCUCUCUCGUCUGGAUGACGGUUUCUAUAUACCCUGCAACCUAAGCUGCGGCCCCGUCUGGCGUUCCCGUCUGGCGUUCCGUAACAGGACCUUGAACCGACUCUGAAUAGAGCGAACCGGACCGGGCCGUGGGUGCAGAUCACCUUUCUUUUUCACCGUGGCUAUUGAAUGCCUGCGGGAAAGUACGAUAGCAGUGGCGUGACACGAAGCAUCAGCAAUGGUCGAACGACCUUGGGCUUGACUUGGGAUGCGUUGGGCGAGGUUCAAUAUCGUGGUCAUGAUUGGGUGGGACUGCCUCGAUUCUGGUUUGGCCGGGUUCUGUUAUACUUUUCUUUGCUUCACCCCGGUUCUGUUUUCUCAAAGAGUUUUCUUUUCCAAGCAGGUGUUUGGUUUGAUAUACCAAUUUGCGUGUGUGACACUAUCUCAGCCCGUUGCUGCUUAGCGCUGGCGAGUUCCUAGCGCCCUGCCUUCUCGUGAUGUCACUGCAAGUCUGUCUGGUUGGGAUGCAGACAACUCCGGGACGCCGUCCCUUGUAUGUACAUUCUGACCCACGGGGAUCUUGCAAUCGCACCCCGGCGACAACCU